GGAGGGGGUGGAGGUCGCGAGAGAGACACGGAGCGCGAGGAGGGAGCAGGAGGCGACGCGGAGCUUGCGAGUCGCCGUUCUACGCGGUCAAGCACAGCAGCGAGGGACGAGAGGGCCAGUCCAGUAUAGUCCAGUCCAGACCAGUAUAGUCCAGUAUAGUCCAGUCCAGACCAGUAUAGUCCAGUCCAGACCAGUAUAGUCCAGUAUAGUCCAGUCCAGACCAGUAUAGUCCAGUCCAGACCAGUAUAGUCCAGUCCAGACCAGUAUAGUCCUUCCAGACCAGUCCAGUCUACUCCAAUCCAGACCAGUCCAGUCUACUCCAGUCCAAAGCGGCCCAGUCCAGCCCAGUCCAGUAUAGACCAGUCCAAUAUAGACCAGUCCAGUAUAGACUACUCCAGUACAGCCAAGUCCAGUAUAGACCAGUUCAGUAUAGACCACUCUAGUCCAGUAUAGUCCAGUAUAGACCAGUUCAGUAUAGACCACUCUAGUCCAGUAUAGUCCAGUAUAGACCACUCCAGUCCAGUAUAGACCAGUCCAGUAUAUACCACUCCAGUCCAGUAUAGUCCACUCCAGUCCAGUAUAGACCACUCCAGUCCAGUAUAGUCCACUCCAGUCCAGUAUAGACUACUCCAGUCCAGUAUAGUCUAAUCCAGUCCUGUAUAGACCACUCCAGUCCAUUAUAGUCCAGUCCAGUAUAGACCACUCCAGUCCACAUAGUCCAGUCCAGUAUAGACCACUCCAGUCCAGUAUAGUCCACUCCAGUUCAGUUUAGACCACUCCAGUCCAGUAUAGACCAGUAUAGACCACACCCGUCCAGUAUAGACCACUCCAGUCCAGUAUAGACCACUCCAGUCCAGUAUAGACCACUCCAGUCCAGUAUAGACCACUCUAGUCCAGUAUAGUCCACUCCAGUAUAGACGACUCCAGUCCAGUAUGGACCAGUCCAGUGUAGUAUAGACUAGUCCAGUCCAGUAUAGAUCAAUUCAGUCCAGUAUAGACCAUUCCAGUCCAGUAUAGUCCAGUAUAGACCACUCCAGUGCAGUAUAGGCCACUCCAGUCCAGUAUACUCCAGUAUAGACCACUCCAGUCCAGUAUAGACCACUUCAGACCAGUAUAGACCACUCCAGUCCAGUAUAGACCACUCCAGUCUAGUAUAGACUAGUCCAGUCCAGUAUAGUCCAGUAUAGACCACUCCAGUCCAGUGUAGACCACUCCAGUCCAGUAUAGUCCAGUAUAGACCACUCCAGUCCAGUGUAGAUGAGUCCAGUCCAGUAUAGUCCACUCCAGUCCAGCCCAGCGAGCCCCCCCGCCCCCCUCCACGCUGCCCCCAAUUGCAGUGCACCAUGAACUGGGGCGCUUUCCAGACGAUCCUGCACGGCGUGAGUCAGUACUCCACUGCAGCGGGGAAGGUGUGGCUGUCCGUGGUCUUCAUCUUCCGGAUGCUCAUCAUCGUGGUGGCGGCCGAGACGGUGUGGGGCGAUGAGCAGUCGGAGUUCGUGUGCAACACGGACCAGCCGGGCUGCAAGAACGUCUGCUACGACCACUUCUUCCCCGUGUCGCAGAUCCGUCUCUGGUCGCUGCAGAUGAUCUUCGUGUCGACGCCGGCCCUCCUCGUCGCCAUGCACGUGUGGCACCGCAAGUUCCGCUCGCAGAAGGACCGCUUCGAGAAGGGCCGCGAGGAGAAGCUCCACGGGGGCCUCUUCUGGACGUACCUGGUGAGCCUGGCCUUCCGCGUGGGCUUCGAGCUGGGCUUCAUGUCAAUCUUCUACUUCAUGUUCGGCGGCUUCUCGCUGCCCCGCCUCGUCAAGUGCAGCGCCUCGCCGUGCCCCAACACGGUGGACUGCUUCGUGACGCGCCCCACUGAGAAGAACGUCUUCACCUACUUCAUGCUGGGCGCCUCCAUCGUGUGCCUGCUGCUGAGCGUCGCCGAGAUCUUCUACCUCACCACGAAGCACGGCCUCGUGCGGGCCGUCAAGAGGUGCGAGCGCGGCGAGGGCCUCCUGCCCGUGCUGAGGCCUCGCUCCAAGCGGGCGGCCGGGAAGGGCCGCAAGGCGGGAGGGAAGGACGCCGCCGGCGGCGGCGGCGGCGGCGGCGACGGCGGUGCCGCCGGCGGCGGAGCGGGGAACUGCGGCUUUGCCGGAGCCACGGGCGGCGGAGGAGGCGGUGGCAACGGCGGCUGCGGCGGGCAGGACGACGAGGAGGAAGACGAGGGCCUCCCGCCGGAGGAGACCGCCAUCUGAGAGCGGCGUCCGGCUCGUCGGUCGCGCCGCACGCGGACGCUGAGACUGAGAAGCCUUGGGGCGUAGGCCCCGAGCGCGCGUGGGGUAGAGGGCCCCCUCCCCCCCCC